AUGCCUCCUGAACGACGCUCUCAGACGGGCUCGAGCCCGGCUGUGCGAGACAAGUUCUCGUCGGGUAGCGCAGCGGCCCUCGCGCUUUCCAGCAGGAGGACAGGCGAGGGACUGAGCUACGACGAGCAAGUCACGCGCGAGCUACAGGACGCUGGUGGUACGCUCCUGUAUCAAGAGCCUCGACCUGAUGGAGGGCCACGUCGGCCGAUGAAUGCCUUCUUGAUCUAUGCCCGCUGGCGACGUAUGCAAAUGUCACAGGACACAAGCAAGUUCCCCAUCCUCCUCCCCAUUUCCGACUCCGAGGAUCCCAGCAGCUAUGUAGUAAUGUCCGACGGCACCAAGAAGCGCAAGAAGGGUCCCAAGCCCUCCGACAUCAGCGCAGCCCUUGGGGACGAGUGGACGCGCCUUAGCACUGCAGCUCAGCGCCCCUUCCAUGCCAAAGCCAAUGAGCUGAGGGCAGAAUUCGAUGCUGCCAAUCCGGAGUACAAGUUCACGAGGGGACCGAAGGGGGCUGCAAAGCAGAGAAGGCUGGAAAAGCAGAGGCUGGCCGCCAUGGGGAACGUCGAGGUGGGUGGAAUGGCGGAAGGGAUGUACGCGAUGGGGGAUGCUACACCGCAGCACUUGCCUGGCGGUAGGAGACGCCAACUCAGCGAUCUCUCCUCACCGCCAAUGUCUUUGACCGCCAGUGGUGCUUGUGCAGCCUACUCACAUCCAGGCCAGGUGCGCUAUCACUACGAUGAACAGCAUCACCAACAGCAGCAGCGAUUGCUCCACCUUGGUCAGCUUCCUCAAUCCCAGCAGCAUCCAUACAGCGACAGCCUACCAGGACGCCGCCUCUCCCUGGCCAGUCAAGGGCGCUCUCCAAAGUACCUCCAGCACGCUCCUCAAUCACGCGUCACGUCGGUGCCAAUGGUUGCAGUCGGUGGCACAAUUCCGUCCACACUGGCAGCAUCCGGUCAACCUUGGCAUCAUGCCGCCCCGCGCCCCCUCGCCAUGGGAGGUCGCCAGCGCUCACUGUCUUACGGACAGCGCAUCAGCUACGUGCAGCACUCCACUGCCAACGUACCCAGCCAGCGCAUGCCUCACACGCUGUUUAUGAACGAGCGUAAUGGCCGUCAACGUGAGCUUGAUGCUGGCACAUCGUCAAGCUCAUUGAAAUUGAACGCCUCUCCUGAGGGCUUCCAUGAGCGGGUGCUCGUCGACAGCAAUGAGUCUUCUUCCGCCUCCUCGCCCCAUCAGCAGUCACCUCGCGGACGCCCAAAUUUCCCCGAUCUGGCUCCUCACCACCGCCAUCGAAAUCGGAUUCAGCCCCACUCCCUCCAUCAGCUUGCGGCUCCGAGGUCAUCGAUUGGCGCUGGCCACAUUCAAGACCAGCCUCGCGACUCGUUGGUGCAUCCAAGCGGAGGUGGAGCUCUAGGGCUGCACAACCCCGAGCCAGCUCUCCCGCCGUACAGCGGUUCAGAGGAGAACAAGGAGAGGACCUGGCUUGCACCAACCCCUGUGGGUCGCACGCGAGCGGCUUCGAUGCGCACCAUCUACGAGGGUAGCGGCCCAGGAGCUCAAUCGGGGUCGCAGACUCAUUGGGCGGCUACUCUACAAGACGAGAGGACGUCGCAACUUCGACGCACGUAUCAGGCUCGGGAUGAAGAAGAAGCUCAGAGUCCGCACGCUCUCUCCUUGAGGACACGACAGGGCGAUGCAGGGACGGAGAGGUCUCAACGAUUGCCUCUCGACGGUGGCAUGUUGCCUCUCAACGGUGGCAUGGUGGGUCCGGCGAGUUAUACGCACGCGUACACUCGCGGCCAGGUCCAAGCCAAAGAGACUCUUCGCCCCGAUACUCAUCAGCACUCUCAGCUGCAUGUCUCCUCAUCAAAUGGUCACUCUCAUCCGCUUCUGCCUCAGCAGCAGAAUGCUUCUGCUUGGCUUGGUGGUCCGGCCCUAACUACCCAACGAGGCCCUCUCUCGUACGCUGAGCCCCUCAACUUGCCCACCAUUCGCGGGUCGCCCGCCAGCAUCGCCCGAGACUACUCAAACAGCCAGCAGCUUGCGCCCUUGCUCGCACCUUCCUGGCCGAGCACGCAGAAGCGUCGUCGUCAAAGCUUGUCGAUACAAGAGCUGACCGAGCGCUGGGAGAAUGGAGCGUCGUCUGCGCAGAUGGGCAAUGAGUACGAAGAGGAUCGUCACAACUCAACCCUUGCUCGCUUCGCAAGCGUGGCUGCGGGCGUGGACUCGCGAUGCCAGACGGGCGCGAUCACUGCUACAGGUGAUCAUGGAGGGAUGCCGAUGGACGAGACUACUAUAGCAGGCCAAUCAGGCCUGAACAACGCCAUUUUGCCGAGCGCAGAGCCCUUCUACCCCGGAAGACCACACCCCGACAGCCAUCUUGCCUCGGCCACGCAGUCCGCAUCCGCAGCACCUGGCGGGGCAGUCAAGAUAGAAGACGAGAACCCCUUCGCGUACAGACCUCCCGAUGACUCUUUCGAAGUCGAGAGCGAAGCUGAGCGUGAGGCUCAAGCGAGGCAGUCAGCCGUAGAGUCUCGACGCAUCUGCGACGAUAUACCCGUGCCUGCAAGCAUGUCCAUGCUCUUUGAUGGGACUGCUGACACCGCUGCUGCAGCAGGCCGAGCUCAAACAGCUCACGGCAUUCCCACCAUCCUACGCGCUGCGGCGAGGGCGACGCUCAUGUCUGCGGGCAGCGAAGGUAUUGACGGCAAUUUCGCUCCAGUGGUGGGGACAUCCCACUCUGAGCCGUGGUUCGGUCCGGGGUCUCAGCAAGAGGUCGAAGCUGGCAACAAUGCUAAUGUCAGCAACGACCCCUGGGUCGCACUUUGGCAGCGCCAUAAUCAGCAGAGGCAGGCGGGGCUGUUCGGGCAUAGUCCCCCCGAAGUUGCCCCGCAGCAGCAGCUGGGAUCAGGUUCGGUAGACGUCCCCCUUCUCUCAGCGCCGGCAACAGCUGUCCAUCAAUCAGCGGGCGUCGCAUCCCAGUAUCAUCCUGCCACGCCAGUCCUAACUCCCAGCUCGUACCAUGACGCCAUCCAGAUGCCCCGCAACGGCGGCAACGACGAUCGCGGCGAGGGUCAGAUUGAUCCUUCUCACCUGACAACAGCGCACUACGAUGCAGCGCACGUACUCCACUUUUGGAAAACACCACCCACGCAACAAGUGCCACUGCAGCCUGAUCGCUCCUCGAUGAAUACCGGCCUCAAGCCGACGACGGCCAGCGGUGCCUCCGAGCCUACCUUGACCAGCCCGUUGACCAACGCCCUCCAGCUAGAGAGGAACGACCCAGGAGAGGCCGAGAAGAGACUAGCGGCGAAUCACGAGUUGGUGAAGAGGGCUGUGGAGGACGUAGAGAGGGGGCAGACUUCGCCAGGGGUUGGAGUCAAGGAAACCAUCAUGAGCUCAACAGGCAUACAUGACGGCCGACCGAAGACGACGGGCGCGAUGAAUGGAAGAGUCAAGAAGAUGCCCGAGCUCCAGCUUGCCUCUGACGAGCACGACGGCAGAGACAGUGGGGAUGACGGUGAUGACGAGGACGAAGAUGAGAUGGUGAAUGUCAUUGGGGGCGAAAAUGGCGAGUCGAGCUGCACAGCGUAAGACUUGGAGCAGCAGGUGAAUGCGAGACAGGUCUCGAUCUACCCGGUGGAGUCUCAUCGCCCAUACAUCUCGACUUCUUUUCCUUGUGCUCGCUAUCUUUUCCUUUCUCUUGAUGUCGAAGGGUGCAACGAGGCUAUCCGCGAGUCAAUCAUGAGAUGCGGUGC